AUGCUGCUCACAUAUCGCCAGCGCAACUCGAUUAACAUUGCUCUUGACAAACUCACCGAGGAGAUGCUGAACCUGUUGGUGAGCAAGGCCUGGAAGGAGCGUCAGGAGGGCCUCAACCAGAUUCAGGAGGUGCUCACAGGCGCUCAGUUCAUCGAGGGCGGCCCUAAGCUGCAGGAUCCGUUGACUGCUGUCGCCAAGGUCUGUACCGAUGUAAACAAGAUUCUCGGCAAGAAUGCUCUGGCCAUUGUGGAGAAGUUUGCUAAGGCUCUGUCCAAGUCAGAUGCCAAGAAACUUGUCAAGUAG